CCUCCAGACAGACAGACCUGACAGGCGGGUCUAACGUCCUCUUAUCCCGCCCACUGCCCUGCUGCAGUCCUCUCCUCUCCUGAACGCUGAUGUGUUACUAACUUCAGCCUCCAACUCUGGCAAAAUGUUCAAUUUCGGAUCAAAAUUGCUGGUGCUGUUACUCCUGGCCUUCCCCUGUGGAUUAAUAUCCAUCGGCCAGGUCUCUGCAGACUCCGACUCUGCUGAGGACAUUGCUGAGGACCCAGAUGCUGCAGUAGAUGAGGAGGAAGAUGAUGAAGAGGUGCUCGUUGAGGAAGAUCAGAUACAACCAUCGGAAGGAGAGGAAGAGGACUCUGAUGAAGCAGCUGAUAAACUGUUAACAUCUCACCCUGAUGCCGACACAACCAUCCUCUUCAUGACAGGAGAAGAGUUUCCUGCCAAUGAAAUUGUGAGGUUCCUGGUGGGUUUCACCAACAAGGGAGGUCAGGAUUUCACCGUUCAGUCGUUGGAGGCCUCCUUCCGUUACCCCCAAGACUUCCAGUUCUACAUUCAGAAUUUCACAGCGUUGCCUCUGAGCACUGUAGUGCAGCCUCAGUCUCAGGCCUCCUUUGAGUACUCCUUUAUCCCAGCUCAGCCCAUGGCAGGUCGCCCAUUUGGUCUUGUUAUCCUCCUCAACUAUCUUGACACUGAGGGCAACGUGUUCCAGACUGCCAUUUACAACCAGACUGUCACCAUCAUUGAGCUAGAAGAGGGACUGGACGGGGAAACAAUGUUCAUGUACAUCUUCCUGGUUGGACUGGUGGCCCUGAUGCUCUUUGGAAUAUACCAGGUCCUGGAAACGAGGACGAAAAAGAGAAUCCCAGUAAAAAUAGAGAAGGGCACUGGUGGGAUGAACGAUGUGGACAUCAGCUGGAUUCCUCAGGAGACUCUCAAUGUCAUGAACAAGGCUUCCCCUAAAGCAUCUCCACGGAAACGAACCAAUAGGGCAGCUGGAGCAGAUCAAUAAAACUGUCCUCUUCCAUCCAUCAUCAUACUGUCCAUCAGACUUUCAAAGCUCAUUUCCUCGCCACGGUAACCAGAUUACCCAGCCUGCGCAAUGUGUUUGAGAUGUUUGUAUGGAUCUCAGCCUCUCAUCCUGCUGCUCUGCUGGAACCUCGACCGAAGAGCAUCCUGAACUCUACUGGUCUGAUCAGGGCAAGACCAUUUAGACACUAACAGGACUGAAAAACAGUUCAUUUUUUAAAGGAACAUUCCUAUUUCAUCUUUUGAAAAAGAUGAAUCCCCUCCUCUCCAAUGCAAACACCAUUGUGCCUUAUCUGUACUGUAUCUGUGGUGCCUGCAACGACUCAAUGUUAAGAAAAAAGUAUAUGCAAUUGAUUAAAGGGUUGCCCACUGAUACCCCUCUGCUUUUAACAUCCACUUACAUGUAGUUUAUAAAAUUACAAAUUUAGUUUUUCAAUGGAGCAAUGGCAGCUGCAAUUACAACAACCAUUAAAACCGUGUUCUCUGGAGGUUUCUGCAGGCUACUUUACCCAUUUGUUUUCUCACCUUACUUUUGUAAUAUAUCUGUUCGUUGGUGGAGCAUUCCAAACUCUUUACUAAGUGCCAGUGGUGCAGUCUGUCAGAUUGCAUGCCAUUACUUUUGGGGGGAAAAAAUGUUUUUUCAAAAACAAUAAAAAGGUGAACAAAGUGUA